AUGGCGCGGCAACCGCCCUCCGCACCUAGCAACGCUACCGUCGCCUCAGCAUCCGGCUUCUCGCAGUUCCACGAGGGUGGGUCCUCCUGGGACGUUGUGGCCGGAGCCCACCGCCGCUCAACUUCGGCUUCCUCUCCCUCUAUGGCCAUGAAGGACAAGAAUACAUACCUGAUGCCGACAAGCCCAGCCAAAGGCCGCCGCGGCAGCACCGACUACCGGCCCAGCAUCAAGAAAACCGUUGGGAAUGUCCCGGCAUGCCUCGUCAAUGCCUCCGUGACCUAUUGCGGCAACGAUCAGAUCUACGCCUUCGGGGGGUUUGACCAGUAUACAGAUGAAGUCUACAAUCACGUCCUCAGGUUAAACCUAAAGACCCUCACAUGGGAGCUGGUAGAUAAUUAUGGAGAUAUUCCGGGUGUUCGCAUGGGUUGUUCCCCUCCCCCACCUGGGUUCGGUUUCGUGACUCAUUGUGGAGACAAACUGAUCGUCUUCGGUGGUGAAAAUGAACAUCGGGAAUAUCUGUCUGACAUAGUCAUUCUCGACAUUCCCACUGCUACUUGGACCCAACCCGAUGUUCGCGGACCCAUCCCACGGGGAAGAGCACGCCAUGCCUCUGUUAUCUACGAGGACAAGCUGUUCGUUAUCGGCGGUGUGGCAGGGGAGAAUAACCUCAUUCUGGACGACCUGUGCUAUCUGGACCUCAAAACAUGGACCUGGUCUCGCACGUGGAGUUUCACUCCCCGCUUCGAUCACACUGCUUGGGUGUGGGGCGGUCGCCUUUGGAUCUUUGGCGGUCUUGGCCCUGAUAUGGAACGAAGCACGGAUCUUUGGUGGUUAGACCUCAAAGGCAGCCCAUCCCUUGGAAUCACAUCGUCACAAGGUACCGUCGAGUCCCCGGGAUCGCUGAACAGGGUUACUCAUAGUCCAGGCACCCCUCUUAGUCCGUCAAGUCAAUUACCUGGCCGGUCUGGUGGCUACGCAGCGAACUCAGGCAGUGUGCAAAUCCGGUCUCUGAACCGACGGAAGCCAACCGCGCCUGGUGCAAUCUCGUCUCUCAAGUUCCAUUCUGGGCCUCAUGUCCCGGCCUUGCUUUCCGGGACCCAUUUCCACGUAUACUCAUCCGGAGUUCUUCUGGAUCUGAUCACGCCGUCGGAGACAGUGCGGCCUUACGAAUGUACUUUGUCAUCACUCGAAUUGGACUCGUUGCGAUGGCAAAGGCUCGCUGAUGGUCAGGAGGUGUUCAAGCCGGGGUACCGGUGGCACUACUGCACUAUCAAUGAAGACGGGACUAAAGUGUGGCUGCUCGGAUGCGACCUCAAUGUUGCGAACGCGCCAGGAUCUGGCGACGAUAACAAUCUAAGCGCGAUCCUAUUCCUUGAUCUCGAAAAAUAUGGACUUCUUGGCAACGACCUCGUUUCUGAGACGUCCGAGCAGAACAGGAUCCUCGCCUCCGAGCGUCAGGGAUCGCCUCAGACUACAGGCCUAGGUGCUGACCUACUGGCUGUCUUUGAUCAACCACCUGAGACUGGUAGCGGUACCGACUUCAUUAUCACCGCUAAUCGCGAUGACCAGGAAUACCAAGAUGACACAACCCAGCCAUCUUCUCCAUCGCAAUCCCAACAGCCCACAUUCCUGUCUCCCAACGCGGACACUUCCCCUCCGAUCCACGUCCAUCGCAUUAUCCUGCAAGCCCGAUGGCCCCACUUUAAACGUCUGUAUAAUGCGCAGAUGGCUGAGUAUCAUACGAAGAGGAUGCACAUCCCAGAACCCUACUCUCGUGGUUCCAUCUCGGGCCAUCCCGAGUACUGCGCGGACAUCAUCGACGUGGCAGGUAUGCUUGUGAUGGCCAAUCUUUACGAUAUGCCGAAACUGCGAUUGCUCUGCGUCAACAGGCUGAGUCGAGAGCUCGAUGUCGAGAACGCGGCCAUCAUUUGGGAGAGAGCUGGUCGCACGAACGAGGAAUGGCUUCGACGUCGUGCGGCGCAGUUUUGUCUAACCCACUGGGGACGGGUCGUGCGUACUGCGGGCUUCAAGUCUCUCAACCGACAGAGUCUGAUCGAGCUCUGCGAAGUGGUUGACAUGGAAGGACGGGUUGUUGCCGGGCCGGAGUUGGAGAUGGUUGGGGCUCUAGGUUCGGAUAGUCUGGGGCUGGGGAGAACUAAACGGCCUCGUCUCACCUCUAAUGGGCUGGUGGACGAUCUGGACGAUCUGGAAGGGGACGAUGAGGAUGGAAUGGAGCUCGCCUGA